AUGGCGAAUCGUUUGCCCACCACGCAAGCGCAAGCUGAAGCCCCAGCCGAGAAGAGUCUCAGCAAGACGCUGUACGACGACGAGAACUAUUCCGACGUUACCAUUGAAUACUCUGGUCGCCAGUACCACGGCCACAAAGCAGUCCUCUGCACCCGAUCCGAAUACUUUGACAGGCUCUGUGGGAGAAACUCUCAGUUCGCUGAGAGCACACGAAAGGUUAUCAAGUUGGAGGAAGACGACGCGACUGCCGUCGAACGUAUGAUUGUCCACCUUUACGGCGGCCCCUACGUUCCCUCUACGAUGAAGGACAACGAGUGGCAGUUCCACGCCGAGAUCACUCGUGUUGCCGACAAGUACCUCGUCCCUGGAUUGGAAUCCAAGGCACUCGUCAAGUGCGUCGAACUCCUCGCCGCCAUCGUCGAACCUAGUAAAGUGUGCGACGCCGUCCUCGAAAUCAAGAGCAAAUUCAAUGACAUCGACGCCCUCACCAAGCAGGCCACGGCCAUGGAAGAAUCCCACAUCGAUGCCCUUCUGCAGCAUCCGCGAUUUUGUAGAAGCUCUCAGCGAGGAUGA